ACCUCUGACAAAGGAAAAAUGGCUUUCAGUAAAGGAUAUCGUAUCUAUCAUAAAUUGGAUCCACCACCAUUCAGUGUGAUAGUGGAAGCCAGAAACAAGGAAGAAUGCCUUAUGUUUGAGUCUGGAGCAGUGGCUGUUCUCUCAUCUGCAGAGAAAGAGGCAAUCAAGAACAUGUACUCCAAGGUAAUGGAUGCAUAUGGACUUCUAGGUGUAUUAAGGUUAAAUCUUGGAGAUACACUACUACAUUAUCUAGUUCUUGUUACGGGAUGUAUGUCUGUGGGCAAGAUUCAAGAAUCUGAAGUUUUUCGUGUUACUUCCACUGAUUUAAUAUCACUGCGAAUUGAUCCAUCUGAUGAAGAACGUAUCUCUGAAGUGCGCAAAGUUUUGAACUCAGGAAACUUUUAUUUUGCAUGGUCUUCUACUGGGGUCAGUUUAGAUCUUAGUCUCAAUGCCCACCGUAGCAUGGAAGAACAAAGCACUGAUAACAGGUUCUUCUGGAACCAAUCGCUGCACUUGCAUCUGAAACAUUAUGGUGUGAAUUGUGAUGACUGGUUGUUGCGCCUCAUGUGUGGGGGUGUAGAGAUUCGCACAAUUUAUGCAGCACAUAAACAGGCAAAGGCUUGCAUUAUUUCACGACUGAGCUGUGAACGAGCUGGAACCAGAUUUAAUGUUCGAGGAACAAAUGAUGAUGGUCAUGUGGCCAAUUUUGUUGAAACUGAGCAGGUGAUAUUCCUCGAUGAAAACGUGGCAUCCUUUAUACAAAUUCGUGGAUCUGUUCCGUUAUUUUGGGAGCAACCUGGUUUACAGGUGGGAUCUCAUCGUGUCAGGAUGUCAAGGGGAUUUGAAGCAAAUGCACCUGCCUUUGAUAGACAUUUUCAUACCCUUAAAAAUAGAUAUGGCAACCAAAUAAUUGUCAAUCUUCUUGGAUCAAAAGAAGGAGAGCAUAUGCUUAGCAAAGCAUUUCAGAGCCAUUUGAAAGCAUCUGAACAUGCUGAUGACAUCAAAAUGGUGAACUUCGAUUAUCAUCAAAUGGUCAGAGGUGGAAAAGCAGAAAAGCUACAUAGCGUUCUUAAACCACAGAUCCAGACAUUUUUAGAGUGUGGUUUUUUUUACUUCGAUGGAAAGGAAAUUCAAAGGUAUCAGGAUGGUACUAUCAGAACAAACUGUUUGGACUGCCUGGAUAGAACAAACAGUGUGCAGGCAUUCAUUGGCUUAGAGAUGCUAACCAAACAACUGGAGGUUUUAGGUUUAGCUGAAAAACCACAGUUGGUUACUAGGUUCCAGGAAGUUUUUCGGUCCAUGUGGUCUGUUAAUGGUGACUCAGUCAGUAAAAUAUAUGCUGGAACUGGAGCUCUUGAAGGAAAAGCAAAGGCUGGGAAGCUGAAGGAUGGUGCCCGUUCUGUGACCAGAACAAUUCAAAAUAACUUUUUUGAUAGCUCAAAGCAGGAAGCUAUUGACGUUUUGUUGUUGGGAAACACCUUAAAUAGUGAUUUAGCAGACAAAGCACGGGCACUCUUAACUACCGGCAGUUUACGUGUUUCAGAGCAGGCAUUACAAUCAGCAUCAGCAAAGAUACUGAAAAGCAUGUGCGAGAAUUUUUAUAAGUAUUCAAAACCAAAAAAAAUCCGAAUUUGUGUUGGAACAUGGAACGUCAAUGGCGGAAAGCAAUUUCGAAGCAUCGCCUUUAGAAAUCAGACACUCACUGACUGGAUUCUAGAUGCACCAAAACUAGCUGGCAUCAGUGAAUUCCAAGAUCGAAGGAGCAAGCCUAUUGAUAUCUUUGCUAUUGGAUUUGAAGAAAUGGUAGAGCUAAAUGCAGGAAAUAUAGUGAGUGCAAGUACAACCAACCAAAAGUUGUGGGCUGCUGAAUUACAGAAGACUAUCUCACGAGAUUACAAAUAUGUUCUGCUGGCUUCAGAACAAUUGGUGGGCGUCUGCCUCUUCAUAUUUAUCAGACCUCAGCAUGCACCAUUUAUCAGAGAUGUUGCGGUUGAUACAGUGAAGACUGGCAUGGGAGGAGCUACUGGUAAUAAGGGUGCAGUAGCCAUUCGGAUGUUGUUCCAUACCUCUAGUCUUUGCUUUGUAUGUAGUCAUUUUGCUGCAGGACAGUCACAAGUCAAAGAGAGAAAUGAAGAUUUCAUAGAAAUAUGUCGGAAACUAAGCUUCCCAAUGGGAAGACUGCUCUUUUCCCAUGAUUAUGUAUUCUGGUGUGGUGACUUUAAUUAUCGUAUAGAUCUUCCUAAUGAAGAAGUAAAGGAACUAAUUCGGCAGCAGAAUUGGGAUGCUCUUCUUGCAGGAGAUCAACUUGUCAAUCAGAAAAAUGCUGGGCAGGUGUUCAGGGGCUUUUUAGAAGGAAAAAUAGCUUUUGCCCCUACUUACAAAUAUGACUUAUUUUCUGAUGACUAUGAUACCAGUGAAAAAUGUCGCACACCGGCCUGGACAGAUCGUGUGCUGUGGAGGAGAAGAAAGUGGCCUUUUGACCGAUCAGCGGAAGAUAUGGAUCUUCUCAAUUCCAGCUUUCACGAUGAAAGUAAACUUCUUUACACCUGGAGUCCCGGAACACUGUUGUAUUAUGGGAGGGCAGAGCUGAAAACAUCUGAUCAUAGGCCUGUUGUUUCACUGGUUGAUAUAGAUAUCUUUGAAGUUGAUGCAGAAGAGCGGCAGAAAAUUUACAAGGAAGUGAUUGCGGUUCAGGGACCACCAGAUGGCACAAUAAUGGUCUCCAUCAAAGGGUCUUCAUCAGAAGAAAACUAUUUCGAUGAUGCUUUGAUUGAUGAACUACUUCAAAAAUUUGCAACUUAUGGUGAAGUUAUACUUAUAAGAUUUGUAGAUGACAAAAUGUGGGUGACAUUUUUGGAAGGGAGCUCCGCUUUGAAUGUUCUGGACCAGAAUGGUAUUGAGCUUCUUGGGAAAACAAUUAACAUUAAUUUGAAAAGCCCAGAUUGGAUCAAGAGCUUGGAAGAAGAGAUGGAUUUGGAGAAAGUUAAUUUUGGAUUGCCUUCAUCAACAAGUUCUACUUUGCUUUGUGAAGAUGCAGAUAUUUCUGCAGACUACGAUAUGGAAGGUGAUAUUGAUGACUACUGUGCUGAAGUAGAAGAAAUCCUUCCUCAACACCUGCAGCUAGCAGCAGGUUCUUGUCUUGGGGCUUCACCUGGCUCUUCACCUCGUUCAAGCCCCUGCCAAUCACCUACACUGUCCGAUGGACCCCCUCCAUCAAGGCCAAGCAGAACACCCAGCAAGACCCCUGGGCCUCCUAUAUCUUCUCAAGGUUCUCCAAUUGAUUUUCAACCAAUUACUCAACAAAGAGAGACAAUUCAAAGUUUAGAACCCAAACGCCCACCUCCGCCUCGUCCGGGGGCACCUCCUGCUCGUCCUGCUCCACCUCAGAGGCCCCCUCCGCCAUCAGGGGGUAAAAGUCCUGCACCUGCUAGAAAGGAAUUUGGAGGUGCUGGUGCCCCUCCCAGCCCUGUUGUAGCUAGGAGAGAAGAAGUUCAUAGUUCGUCACCAACUGGAUUAACAAGCAUAGGGACUUCGGCACCCAGUACUUGUAGACCGACUAUUCCUCCCCGAGCUGGAGUAAUUAGUGCACCAUUGAGCCAUGCCCGUUCACCUGUAGGAAGACAAACACCUGAACUCCAACCCAAACCAGCAGAACCACAAAGAGGGUCCCCUAUGCUUCCUGAACCACUUAAGCCACAGACUGCAGUUCCUGUUCAUCCCACCAUUCAGCCGCCCACAGUCUUAAAGAUGCAGGAUCCUCUUAUUCCUAUGACAGCAUCAUCUCAAACAAUUUCUCCCCAAAACCUGGAAGCACCGCCACAGCCUCCCCCUCGCAGCAAAUCGUCCCAAAAUUUGCCUUCUGAACCUAUUCCUUCACAGAAGCAAAUUAACGCAAAUGGAGUUCAUGCCUUUCAGCUGGAAAUAAAGCAAAAUAAUGAUCCUUUUGAAGAUCUGUCCCAUUGCUUGCUUUCUGCAUCCAAGAUUCAGUCAUCAGUUCGAAUGUCACCAGUUGAACCUUUGAGCCAAAAGGAGAUGACAAAGUUGCCUUUUGCAACAGACAAUUUUAAUACUUUGAGUAAUGUAAAUUGCAUGCCAGCAAUGCCAGUUACAACGUAUAAUAAAUCUGAGGCGCAGAUGCGUACUUCUCCAAAUCCUUUUGCUACCAGAGUGAAUAGCACAAAUCCAUUCACUGAACAAACUAUAAAUGCUGGGAACCCAUUUAGAAAAGAAGCUGGAGUGAUUUCAAAUUGCUCAAUAGAAGGACAUGCUGCUUAUCCUUUCCCGCCUCUAAAACCUCUUGCUAGUCAUAAAGGCAAGCCUGCUUUUUAUGCCAAUACAUUUCAAGAAAAUUUUAAUCUGCAGAGUACAUCUUCUACAACUAACCAUGUAAAACCAAAAGGAUGGGUAACUUUUGAUGAAGAGGAUUUUGUGUUGAAGCUAAAACCAUUGGAUAAUCCUACUGAAUUAAAAAGAAGUAGUUCCUUGCAAGCAACUUAUUUUCCAAGUUCCCUGGCCACUGAACAAAAUCACUUUGGCUCAAACGAUUCCAUUUUCAAUGACUGGAAACGAAGUGCUGAUUCUCUUCAUCCACUGCCAGCCAGACCUGCACCAGCCCCUCCUAUACCAUCCAGGACAACCAGCACCAAAUCAGCUACAGACCCUCUCUCUUCCCUGGCACCUAAGGUUUUCUCCACACAAGAUUUUUCUGAAAGAUAAAUUAUUUAAAAUGAGAUAUUAAGUUACUUUUAAGAAUAUCCAGUAGAAUUGGGCAUUGAUGUAAUUCUAUGUGCAAUAAUUAUUUUGUUGGAUGCACUGAAUCUUAAAUAUCAAUUGUCAUUAUGUACAAAUUUGAAAGGUGUAUAUUUGAUAAUGCACAAAACUAAUUCCAUAAAUGAUCUCAUUAUGCCACUUCUAAUAGGGCAUAAUACAGGGAAAGUUAUGUGUACUUAAGACCCAUUAAAUCCAUAGGACUCCAAUACCAAAUUAGGCGUACCUUUCUGUUAAUGCCAGUCAAAUAAGCAAGCAUUGCUUUC